CUUUUACCAUUGAAUUUAUAUUUUUUUAAAAUUAACCGUUUUCGACUUUUCAGCUUUGAGGGCUCGUUUUAUUCUCAGUUCAUGCUUUGUUGCAGAACAUGUCUCCAUAAAGGAGUUGCUAUAUGAAAAUAUACACGUACAUAAUCCGCUGUACGUGCUCACAUGAUAAACUAUCUACAAUGAUUAAAACCAUUUUCCUGGAAUUUUAAAACCGUAACUUUUUCCUCGUCACAAAAACUUAUUUGAGUCCUAUCUUAGCCAGUUUACUGCGUUGCAUAUAAUCAUUAUACUCUAUCUUAUGCAGUUCAUUACAUCAUUUUCCCAUCUGCAUAUUUCUCUCACAGGUGGUAUUGUUUCGUGAUGCACACCAGAAAUACAGUAUUUUAUAUUAACCAUUGUGUAUGACACUCAUUCAGUUAGUUACUGUACAAGUCUUAAUGUAAGCCAUUUCAGGGCGUUCUCAUAUUUAAGUAGCAUGCGUAAUCUGAUGCACGUGUUCCUCUUAUGUAUAGUUUGGUCCUGGAGAUCAUAUCUUUCUUUAGACCCCAUGAAAAUAAAUCAUGCAGGCUUAGGUUCAGAGGUCUCAUCUACCAAGGUAUUGAACCACGAUGACAUCCACAAAUUUUUGUAAUGGUAUUUCAAGUAAGCAGUAAUUUGGUAACCAAAAUGUGGAUCAUCCCAUCAUGCUGAAAGAAGAUGUUGCACUUUUUCUCCAGAAGCACAUCCACCAUUGAAAGUGGCAAUUCAUUAAUUUGGAAUAAUACAAGGGGCAGUAAACUCUUGUUUGGAAUGAGUUGGAAUGAACACAUUUUUACAACUAGGUGGUAUUACAACAGUCAUGAGACAAGGUGGACCUUCUCUAUUUCAAAACAAGCUAAGAUUUUUCACGAGGGUCCAAUUCAUAAUUAUAAACAAAAGACAAAUGCAGCAUGAAGAUAGUAUUAAAAAAUGUGAGUGGUGAAAGCAUCACAAUUGAUGUCAAGCCUGAUGAUACUUUCUAUGACCUAAAGACAAGAAUUCAAAAUGAAUCAGGCAUUCAGCUUGAUCUUCAGCAAUUGAAUUUUAAAGGGAAGAAAAUAACAGAUGACCAAAUCGUUGCAGAAUAUUUUUUUGACGAUAUUGGUGCUGCUGAAGAAAAUGGACCAAAAUAUGAAGAUGAAGAUGCUAGUGUUGUGCAGUCAUUGCAGUGUGCUGUACCUGGAUGCAAUAAUGUUGAGGCCUCAUGUCCAAAUAAAAGUUUUUUCCAUUUUCCAGUUUCUGAGGACAGGUGCCGGCAUUGGCUGUUGGUUUGUAGACGGCUUGACUUAUUGGAUAAGCCAUGUGCCUUAGUGAGUCAGCAUUAUGUUACAUGUUCUGAUCAUUUCAUAGCCAGUGAGUUUGUUGAUGAUACUAAACAAAGACUGAAAAAGAGAGCUAUUCCAACAUUAUUUGACUUCAGUAGUCAGAAUGGUGUUCCUAUAGAAAUAAUAGAUGGCGAUCAAAUCAUCGUAGAAGAAAACUGUGAAGUAGUGAUCAAGCAAGAACGAGGAUCGAUGCCACAGGUUGAAAUUGAUUAUGACAGUGACCUUGAAGGGGUGGUUGAAGAAUUAGUACCAGAACUUCCAGGCCAACUCUGCCGACUCUGUGCAUCUGCUAUUAAGGAAGUAGUGUACAUUUUCAGUGCCACUGGGAAGGAACAACAUAUUGCUGAGAAAAUUAAUACAUGUUUACCUGUAACGGUUAAAAGUACAGAUCCGCUGCCAAAACAACUGUGUACAACUUGCAUCAACAAGUUGAACAUGUGUCACGAAUUUGCUGAAUCUUGCAUUCAGGCAGAAAAUAAACUGCUUGAAUUGAAUGAAAGGAAGCACUUCAGGUCACGUGCUGUAUAUAACAUGGAAGACAGUAAAGCAGAUGUUGCUAUUAUAGCCAUCAAAUCUGAACAUGAGCUUGAAAAUGCUGGUAAAGGUCAACUGAAUGGUAUAGACAGCAGCUUUGUCAGUGGAAGUGUGACAUAUUGCACAAGAACAAAACAGGGAUCAGCCAUUAAUGGUAUUCAGGAAGCUAGUUGUAUCGAGGAAAUCUAUAGAGCACAAAGUUCUUUUUUCUGUCCUCUUUGUUGCGAUGGCAAUAUGUCAAUUCAAAGUGACACACCUGAAGGUUGUGGAAAUGGUGAUUUGGCAUUAUUAAAGGAGAUUGGGGCAAAAAUAUAUAAGAAAAACCAUGUGCAUCACUCAGAAGAAUUUAAUACUGUUCAUGACAUAUUAAUACAAAAUGCUGAAACCAGUGAGGACAGUAGUAAUAUAUGGGAUGAGAGUGGGCCAAUGGAUAAUGUUACUUUGGGAAAUAUUUCACAAGAAGACAAAAUUAUAAGCAAAGAUAAAAUAUAUGGUGUGGUAGACGGAACUGUAACCUUAUUGCACCCAAAGAUAGAAUUUCCCAGCUGCCGUCUUUGUGGCGAGACAUUCGCGGACAUAGAUCUCUGUUUGGACCAUGCCAAGUGUCACGUGGAGUCAGAUCUUUACCCUUGUAGUCUCUGUGAGUUGUGUUUCACAAGUGAAUUAUGCCUGGUAAGUCACUGUGAGGAACACAAAGCGGAAGAGAGGCAGUUACGACCCAAAGGCUCCAAGCGUCUGGUCUGUCCCACAUGUGGGAGAAGGUUCAACAAUUCCAGGACAUUGGCUGGACAUAAUUGUUUCAGUGCAACACGACCUUUCAAGUGUCCAGAAUGUGGUAAAUUUUUCCGCACCGAGGCCAGACUCGAAUUUCAUCAGCAGGUCCAUGAAGGUGGUAGUCCUGUGGUUUGUGAGCACUGUGGUAAGGAAUUCAGUAGAGAAAACAAUCUUUUCGAUCAUGUGCGUUUGGUGCACAUGGGUGAGAAAGCACAUAGAUGUGAACAGUGUGGGAAAUCCUUCCAGCUGAAGGCACGUCUCAUUGCCCAUCAACGUGUACAUACCGGUGAACGUCCCUUUGUUUGUGAUAUUUGUGGAGGAAAAUUCUAUGACAAUGCCACACUUAAGGGCCAUCGAGUCACACACAUGGAUGUGAAACCUUUUCAGUGCGAUAAAUGUGGGCGUUGUUUUGCUCGCAAGACGUUAUUUAAACAACAUGUUAUGGCACAUGUAGAUGAGAACAAACAGCCCAGAAUGUACAGUUGCAAGUUGUGCAUGGAUGCUGUCUUCCCUACUUAUGCCAAACUUGUUGAGCACAGGAAAGAUUCACAUCCUUUAGUUAAAGCUUUUGAGGAUGAUGCAACUCCACACAAUACAAAACCAUUUAAGUGUGAGGACUGUGGAAAGUCAUUUGCAUAUCGUGUAACUUUAGUGGCACAUUGUAGGAAUCAUACUGGAGAGUUGCCGUUUGGCUGCGAUUUCUGCGAAAAAAGAUUUUCUCAAAAACGUUCCUUAGUGCUGCAUCAUCGUACACAUACAGGGGAGAAGCCAUUUGGUUGUGACAUAUGUGGUAAGCGGUUUGUUCAGAGUGCCCACCUGUACUCACAUCUUCGUUUACACACAGGUGAAAAACCCUACCAGUGUGAAGUAUGUGGUAAUCGCUUCAGACUAAAAGAUGUGCGUGAUGCUCACCUCCGUAAACACACCGGCGAACGCCCUUUUAAAUGCAAUGUAUGUGGAAAAGCAUUCAGAACGAGUCAUUCUUAUUAUCAACACAUGUGGAUCCACCAAGGCAAAAAGCCAUACCCCUGUGAAUAUUGUGGAAAAGCAUUCCGUAGGUCAAAUGGGCUUAAAAUUCAUAUCCGAAUUCAUACAGGUGAAAAACCACAUGCCUGUGAUAUAUGUGGUCGUUGCUUUGCACAGAAGCAAGAUAUGAAAAAACAUAGAAACUUGCAUGUUGCAGGGAAAUUGUAACAUCUGUCUUCAUUUAUUACUUAGUGGUAAUAUAGUACAGUGAAGUUGUUUAGGGCAUUCAUCAGCAAGAUGUUUUCUUGCUUAAGGCACUACUAUUUCGUGCCCCACUACUGAUUUUGUCACAUGUAAGCUUAUAUCCCUAGAUACAUGUUUUGCGAGUUAUAUUUUAACAAACGUGUACAUAACAUUCUAGGAAGUUCUGUUUCUUAACAUUUUGUAAAGUGGUACCUUGUAAAUAAUCACAUGAAUGUAGCAGAAAUUUAUGGUAAUAGUAUAGCAUUUCCUUAUUUUACAUCAUCAUAAAAUAAUUUUAAUACAGUUUGUACAUAACACAGGAAUGCUGUAAAUUUUAUGAUUUCUGGACUGUGUACCAGGUAUUUAACUUUAACCUUUAUAAUUUUUCUGAAAAUAUAUAAAAAAAAUUUCCUCCUAUUCAAAAAAAAUAUAUAUCAACACUGGCUUAUGAAAGUUCAGCAGCCUGUCGUUUACUUACAUUUAGAGUCUGAUAUACAAAUUUUCUUCAUUGACGCAAAUCAGCUCAGUUUAGUAAUACGAGGCUGGUCUACAAAGUAAGUUUCCCUGGGGCCGUUUACAGAAACAAAACACAAUUUCAUGGAAA